AUGAUGCUUACUGUGACUAGUCUCGUCAUUUUGCUGGUAAAUCCAUGUGUGGCAUAUGGCAGAAUUGACAGGCAACGCGUCGUUUCGCAAUUCAACAUCAUUCGUAAUAACCUCAUAGACAAUGAGACUACACCCUUGCAAGUUGGCAACGCAAACGGGGAGCUGCCUUCCGAUUAUAAAGGGGCCAUGCGAGAGACGUAUGGGCGCGAAGUCUACUAUGAUUUUCCCGAUCCAAAGUUAAAGCAAGCGACGCAAUGGUUGAUUGCUAACCCUAAUCGAGUGAACCUUGGUCGUAUUGGUCUCAAAUACAAACAGGCCACACUCGACCGAUCUUUGAUUACCGAGCCAGGUCAAGUGCUUGAACUAUGGAACGGCACCAUCACGUCGACAUUCAAAGUCGAUGGCAAGGCUGUGAAGAUUGUUACCCAGGGCGAUUUCGAUUCUGAUGCUGUUGCAUUCAGCAUCGAGUCUGAUUUGGUUGCAAGUGGAGAUUUGCAGGUUGAGAUGGACUUUCCGUACCCUCCGAUUCAUACUACUACGUACAAAUACGAGGUUUUUGCCGGCGUUUAUGACUUUCCGAACAAUCACACUACAACCCUAAUGGAGGAUGGAGCCAACCAGACAUCGGCGCAUAUACAGCACAACAUGCAAGAACUCCAGUACUUUGUCAAUCUCCGAUGGCCGAAAAAAACGCCAUUGAGGCUAUGUAGAGAUGAGCCCCCCAACUCCACAUCAAUCACCGCGCACCGCUAUACCAUUAGCACCCAGGCGAACUCAUCUUCACUUGCGCUCACUGCUCACUUUGCGUUUGAUCAACAGGUUCCGGAAUUGCCGGAGCAGAUACAAGAGAAGAAUACAAAGGACUGGCAUGAGUAUUGGGAAGACGGAGGCUUUGUUGAUUUGACGGAGUCUACAAACCCAAAUGCGACUGAGCUUCAGCGCCGCAUCAUCAAAUCGCAGUAUCAUGUUCGGGUUAAUAGUGCAGCCAAUGGGCAGUCGCCUCAGGAGAGUGGGCUGAUGAACAAUGGCUGGUACGGAAAGUUCCACAUGGAAAUGCUCAUCUGGCACAAUGCGCAUUGGGCAACUUGGGGCAAGCAAAAGUACUUCGACAACAUCUUCCCAGCACUAUACGAGACCCUCCUGCCCUCAUCUCUAGCUCGUGCAAAGUCAAUGGGAUGGGAAGGUGCCCGGUGGCCCAAAAUGACUGAGCUAAAUACUGGAGUGAACUCACCCGGCGACAUCAACGCAGUCCUCCUCUGGCAACAACCCCACCCAUUCUACCUUGCGCAACUAGCCUAUCAAGCACAUCCUACACGAGAGACACUUGAGAAAUGGGACACGGUGCUGACUGCUUCUGCCGAUUACAUGGCAUCCUACGCGUGGCUAAACGCAACGUCGGGCAAGUAUGACCUCGGCCCUCCAUCUUACGGUGUUACGGAAAAUACACCUCCCAACUCCACACGCAACUUGGCAUAUGAGAUUGCAUAUUGGAGAUGGGGCUUGGAUGCUGCUGCAGAAUGGAAGUACAAGCUCAAUCAACCAGUCCCAGAGAAAUGGACACAUGUCGCUCAGAACCUCGCACUUCCGCCGCAAAUUGAUGGUCUCUACGCCGUCUACGAUGGUCUGGAUAGCUCCUGGUGGAACGACACGAAGCUCAACGGCGACCCACGCAGCCUCAUCAUGAUGCAAGGUGUGCUGCCCGACACGCCUGCCGUAGACCCCCAAGUCGCUCUCCGCACCGCAGACAAAAUCUGGCAAGUCUGGGGCGACAAGAAGAUACGCGGCUGGGGCCGUCCCGUCCUCGCCAUCAACAGCGCACGGAUUGGGAACCCGGAACGUGCCCUCUACCAUCUCACCGCAUAUGAUUACUGGAAGUUUGACGAUGCGGGCUUCGCUAUCCGCGGUGGUGAUGGGGGCACUCCUCCCCCUUUCAUGCCCGGCAAUGCCGGCUUCCUCUACGCAAUCGCGUACUGCGCUGCCGGCUGGCACGGCUCAAAAGGUCACGCACCAGGCUUUCCCCGUGACGCCGGUUGGAGCGUUAAACACGAAGGUCUCCUCAAGGCAUUGUAA